CAGCUCCGUCCGCACACGGCCGCCCGCCCGCCCGCCAGCCCUGCGCCCCCAGCCGCCGCCGGACCGCUGGCUAUGCUUCCCCUGCGUGGUGCCGCGUUUCCGGCUGUAGCUGUCCGUGCGUGGCCAACCUCUGGGCUCCUUGAUGUUACCUGUUAGGCUCCCUGUGUUGCCGGGGCUUAUGACUGUGUGACAUGGUGUUAAACUUUUAAUAUCAACUGCGGCCGAGCCUUUAGCGUUGACUCUUGGUUCACCUCUUUUGUUUUUCUCUCUCUCUCUCUCUUCCUGCGUUGUAUUUCGACGCCUUGGACCUAAUACUGAAGGGUUAUCGCUUUGUUUCUACCAGUCGCUGGUUUAUCUGCAGGGUUUUCUCCUGACCCUGCAUCUGGGUGUUUAAUGUGUUUCCGCACCUAGUGUGGGUUCGCUUGUAGUUUCUGCUGGCUGACUCCAACGUACCCCAGCCCUGCCUGUGUGUGUCUGUCCCACUGUGUCUCUGCCCCAUGGACCAGUGUGUGUGUGUGGAGCGGGAGCUGGAAAAGGUGCUACAUAAGUUCCUGAUGUAUGGGCAACACUGCGACCGCAGCCUGGAGGAACUGCUACGUUAUGUCAGUGGCCUCCGACAGGAGCUUUCCAAAACAGGCCACCUUGAUUCGCAGUUGUCUGCAACACUGUCUCUAGUUAUGUCACAGUGUUGUAAGAAGAUAAAGGACACUGUUCAGAAAUUGGCAUUGGAUCACAAAGAUAUCCACGGGAGUGUCUCCAAAGUGGGGAAGGCCAUCGACAGGAACUUUGACACGGACGUGAGUGGAGUCGGGGUGGAAGGUGUCUGGGAUCUGCACGAAAAGCAGCAGUUUUUGAGUGAGGCUGUGGUGGAGCACCUGUACAGGCAAGGGCUGCUGAAUGUCGCCGAGGAACUGUGCCAGGAAUCCGGAAUAUGUAUUGAGCUCUGUCAGAAGGAACCCUUUCUGGAGUUGAACAGGAUCCUGGAGGCACUACGGGUGCGAGAUUUGAGGCCAGCACUGGAAUGGGCCAUGACAAACCGGGAGAGACUGCUGGCCUUGAACAGCACAUUGGAGUUCAAACUGCACAGGCUGUAUUUCAUUAGCCUACUGACUGGAGGCAUCAUCAACCAAAUUGAGGCACUGGAAUAUGCCAAGAACUUUCAGCCCUUUGCACAGCAACAUCAAAGAGACAUCCAAGUGUUGAUGGGAAGCCUGGUUUACCUGCGCAAUGGUAUUGCAAACUCCCCAUAUCUCCAUCUGCUGGAUUCAAACCAGUGGGCAGACAUCUGUGACAUCUUCACCAGAGAUGCCUGCGCCCUCCUCGGCCUUUCUGUUGAGUCCCCGCUGAGUGUCAGCUUUUCUGCUGGAUGUCUCGCAUUGCCGGUUCUGCUGAAUAUUAAGGCAGUAAUUGAACAGCGACAGUGCACGGGGAUAUGGAGCCAAAAGGACGAGCUUCCAAUUGAGAUUGAGCUGGGGAAGAAGUGCUGGUACCACUCUGUGUUUGCCUGCCCCAUCCUCCGACAGCAGGCUACUGAAUCCAACCCUCCGAUGAAGCUGAUCUGUGGCCACGUGAUCUCCAGAGAUGCGUUGAACAAACUGAUAAACGGCGGGAAAUUAAAGUGCCCCUAUUGUCCAAUGGAACAAGCUCCCUCUGAUGCUAAACAGAUCUAUUUCUGAAGGCCGUAUUUGAGAUCAGUGGACAUUGUGCUUCCUGGUGGAGACGAGCUGUUACUAGGGUGUGUCUGUGUAACUGUGACCAGCCUAGCCUGCUUGAUGGUGUGAAUGUGAUUUGCCCUGGAUGGAGCUAAAGGGGAUUAUAGCAGACGUGUUUUGAUGGUUCCCUGCUCACCCAGCCGCUGUGGGAUCUGUACUUCAUUUGCACUAGCCUAGAACCUGGAUUAGCCAUUAAAUCCCGCCUAAUUUUUCUUUUGUCCUACUUGCAAGUGCUUAGCAAAUAUCGUGUAGUUUAAGUACCAUUAACGAGUACUUAAGUACAACUAAUCUGUUGCCAUCGAAUAUUAGCAGCACCCACCAUAAGCAUUUUGCUGUGGAGUCGUCUUUGCCAGUGGAGGUCAAGUGGAUUAAUUAAAAGCUGUACAUUGACACUUCUCACUAUUAUAAGGUUGAAUGGUAUAUACAUGUUUUCAGUUCACCUUGUUCAGUUUGGGUAUGUCAAUCACAGAACGCUUUAUCCUCCAUUCCCUUCUUCUCUCCCCGACCAGCAUCACUAACCCCACUUUCAGGAGAUCUCCAUUACAGUACUAUCCAAAGCUAGUGAGCACUAUUUUUAGGCUAUUGUAACUCAGUGAAGCUCUUUUGAUAUUUCUGAGUGCUUUGGAGAAAGUGGCUUGGUAUUGGAACUGCAGCUAUGGAUCACAUCUGAUAUUCCCUGAAAUCAGUCACCAAGUGGAAGCAGAGAGUAAAAGGAUGUCCACAAAUGUAAUUCCUACUCUUUACAAAUAUACCUAUGACUUGUUUAAUAACGACUCCCUUCCCACCCCCCCCCCCCACGUUAUUUUUUUAAGGACUGUGUUGAUGACAUUUGGCAAUAACUUACAGCGGAUUUUGAAUCCUAAGCCAUGGAAAAAGUGACGUAUCUCACUAUUCCUGUUACUUUCAUCAACAGCAGUUUCACAUGAAUGCAAUUCAGAAUAUUUUGUUCUGAUACUUGCUGCAUCUCACUUGAAUGUAUUGGAGAAGCUAUGCAAAAAAAAAUCCCAAGUUUGUUGUGUUUCCAGUUAUAAUCAGGGCAAAAGUAGGGAAACAGUUGCAUUCCUGAGCUGAACUGGGGGACCGAGGGAAGCUACAUUAUAAUCUCACUCUUCAUCCAAUUUAAGAUGUUAGUCAAGUUGAACUGAUGAGGGUGCCUGUAACAACUGCCCUAGUUGCUGACUUUGCCUGUAGGGUUGACUGGGGUCUCAUUUGCAGGCUAACAGUUUAUGCAUGGGUGAGAGGUCUGUCAGUGCCCCUUGUAACCAUCCCCCAGCUACAAUCACAGCCUCAGCGGAGAGAUUGUGUCAAAUUGUAUUGUUUCCUUGACAACAGGUGAGAAUACCCCUGGGAAGAGACUAGGGUUGAGGUAUGGUGAUGGCUAUUCAGUGUUUUUCAGAAAUCAGCUUUUAAAUUUAAUGUUUUAUUUAUUAGUCUAUCUUUUUUUAUAUAACUAUUCAUGAUUUAGUGUAUCUAUGGCCCUAUUAACUGUCCCAUUGCAGAGUUUCCCACAAUGCAUCAUCAUAACUUUCUCUUGCAUUGCUUUUGAAUGAGUGAUACUGGCAAGUCAUUCCUGACUUACAAUACAUUGAUUGUAACUAUGGGUGUGGCAAGGGCAGGAGACAAGAAAAUGCUUGAUUGUUUAUGAUUUCUUUCAGAAAUUCCAAUGACCUGUUAAUUAUAAACCUACCUCCGAAAAGCAAAUUGGUCUUUGUGAAGUAUACAUAAAAUCCCAAAUGAUUGGUCACCAUGCAAUAGUUUGAUUCGUAGACUGGGAGUGAAGAGAAUCAGUUAGAUUGAGGAUUUAAAUAAAUAACAAGGCUCUAGUGCUUAAGUAAAUGUCACAAACUGGGUCAAACAAAUGGCAUUGAGCAGAGUCUGCAGUAGAUGGAAACUUCUACCACUCUACCAGUCUGCUAAGAAGCUGAGGGAACCUCUUACACUUUUAUUUGUCUUCUGAAUACUUUUUUAAUAGGUAUUUACUUUGAUCUCGUCCUUUUGAUUUAUCCUUCCCACUGUGUCGUGCAACUGCCAAAGACACUUACUGGUUAAAAAUGUUCUGCAAAGGAGGCUUCCUUCAUUGUAACGUCCAUCCCUGUGGAUGCACGAAUUAGGUUCUGCUCACACCCCUUUACUAGCAGUGCUGAGAAGAUGGGAAAUGGGUAGAAAUCAAUGACUUGACUGGGAUAAAUGGCAUAAGGUGGGAGGUUUCAGCACGAUGGGGUUUCCCUAGGUUAUGAAUGUAAAAUACUCAACAUCACUGUCAACAAUAAUUAAUCCUUCAAAGGUAUUAAGAUAUUAUAAUCGCAGGUGUCAAAAUCAAUUGUGAUAGACGAUGUAAAAGCCUAGACAUGGCUGCAAUAGGUUCAGUAGCAAUUCCUAACAUACACGCACAGUUUGUAAAGAGAUGAGUUUAAUAAUGGAUAGCAUGGUUGCUAAGCAAACAGGGAACAUAGUUCUUAAACUAUGCUCAGAAUUUUUAUUUGGCAGGGGAGUAAAUUUUCCUAUUGCGUUUGUAAAACAUCACAAUCACUAGGGUGGCAAAUAACUGUCCCUCACCACAUUCUCACCUUAUUCUUGUUUGGAUGGUGUGUACAUAUUUUAAAAAAAUGGGGAGAUUGCACCAUUUAACCAACUGUAAUUAUAAUCCCUCAUUUACCUGUCACCAGAUCUCCCACAAAACCAGAAGAAUGCAAAGGAAAGGUCAUGGAAUAUCCUGCAAUCACCAGUUCCGGGAGUUUGAUAAUUUUAGACUGUUACGUGACUUUUAAUUUUGUUACCCAUAAUAUAAUUUAUGUUCUAUAACAAAUGUUUAAUAAAUAUGUUGAAGUGCUUGAA